AUGGUUGAUAUUCAUCCGAAUGCAACGUGGUCAAAGAAUGGUAUCGCUGUUAUUCGAGGAAAUGAACGAGGUAGUGGAACCAAUCAACUCAAUCACCCAUGGCGUUUGUAUGUGGAUGAUAAUCAAACGAUUCAUGUCGUCGAUACUUCAAAUCAACGUAUUGUGAAAUGGAAAUCUGGUGCAACGAAUGGAAAAGUGGUUGCUGGUGGAAAUGGAGAAGGAAAUGAGGCUCAUCAAUUAAAUCACCCAACAGAUGUGAUUAUCGACAAAGAGAGCGAUAGUUUCAUCAUCAGCGAUGGCAGGAAUAAAAGAGUAGUUCGUUGGCCUCUUCGAAAUGGUACUUAUGGAGAAACAAUGAUUUCAAAUAUCUGUUGCUUCGGUUUGACAAUGGACGACAAUGGUUCUCUCUAUGUGGUUGACGAUGAUAAACAUGAAGUGAGACGAUAUAAAAUUGGUGAUACUCAAGGAACAGUAGUUGCAGGUGGCAAUGGAAAAGGAAAUCGUCUCGAUCAGCUCUUUCAACUCCACUAUGUAUUUGUCGAUCGAGAUCAUUCACUUUAUGUGUGUGAUUGUUCCAAUCAUCGUGUCAUGAAAUGGGAAGAAGGUGCAAAACAAGGCAUUGUCGUAGCCGGUGGCACAAGGAUAUGGAAAUAG